AUAUCUUUUCUUCUUAAUCCGACAUUCCCUCUCCGUGUUCAAAUUUAAUUUCAAACAUCGACAUCAGGAACACCCAAGUUAAUUUAUCCGACGCUAUUUAAACGCAAGUUAUUUAUUUCGCGCGCAGAUUAACUCGUAGCUAGUCAUAAUAUUUUAUGCCGAUACUUUUGUGAUAGCCGAUGGUUUACUAGACAAGCCUAGCGUAUCAAAAUAGCUCUUCACUAAAUAUAGAAUAACCAAACAGAAAGAGGAGCUCGUAAACAUUAUUAAUUUUUAUCUGGCCGCAUCUUCGAGCCAGUGGAUAAACCAUGACGUAGUUGCGCUAUUGUUUAGAAAAUUGAGAACUUGGUCCAUAUAAUAAAACAACCUAUUAGCCUUGUGAAUGAAAUCUGGAUAUUCCUAGUAUGUCAGGAAACCGACACAUCCUGUAUACAUAAAUGACGAGUCGUGUUAAAAAUCGUUCAAUAGAGAACGAGCCAGCGAAUAGAAAACAAGCCAUGCUGCGGCCUUUUGUGCUAGUUUAUUUUAUCACGAUCUUCUUGAUGAUUACAAAAAUAAUAUCUUCUAACAAAUCGAACGAAGAAGUGAGAAAAGUGGACAGAACGUUUCACAGUGCCUCGUCACCCUUAUUCUUGUUUCAUCUACUCAAACUGAAGAAAAAGAUCCAGAAGAUAGAGAAUGUGCCAACCAUCCCGCCAACCGCAGACUGCAUUUGCGUUCCUUACUACCUAUGCGACGCUAACCGUACUAUAAUUACAGAAAACAUUGGAAUGAUCGACAUUCGAUACCGAAGAUGCACCGGAGACUUGGAAGUGUGUUGUCAUCUACGGAACGCAACAGUCACCACCACUACUAUGAUACCUACUACAACUACAACAAUGAAACCUACUACUACUACUACUAUGAAGACAACUACCACUACGAAGGCAACCACCACUACGAAGGCAACCACCACUACGAAGGCAACUACCACUACGACCACUUCGACUCUCCCGCCGGUGAUUUUUCCAACCACAAACCCUCAACCUGACCCAAUCUGUGUCUGCGUGCUUGUAACUCAAUGUAAUGCAAACGGAAUCAUCGGCUAUGGCGGAGAAGGCGUAAUCAAUCCUCGUCUGCAAUAUAUCGAGUGUCCCAGCAGCAACAUGGUGUGUUGCAGACCGACCAGCGUGAUCCAGUAUCCUGUAGUAACCAAUCCUCCGGUUGUCUCUCCACAAAUUUGUGUAUUAUGUGGAAAUGCAAUCCAGUGCAACAACGGGGUCGUGAUUCCAGUAAACGUCGGGAUCGUGAAUCCUUUGGUGACUUACAAUCAACAGACGUGUCCUGUGCCAACGUCUUGCUGUCAGGGGAUAAACACAGGCUAUGGAAAUGGGAUUCCAGUGGUAAUCGGACCCAUUAGAAAUCCUGGCACUUCUCAGGCUUGUUAUUGCAUGAAAAGUUGGUUGUGCACGCCAGGAAACUCUGUCAGUACGGGUGGAGCUGGUGCCAUCGAUCCAAGGUUCUCCGUGUGUGGAAACACGGACGAAAUUUGUUGUCGAGCCUCUUCUACGAUCAAUAUAGCAAGAAAUCGCGAUUUAGAUGGAUUAGGAGAGAGUAUUAUAAAUGGUGAAGCGUCCUUCUCGGAACCUGGGUGUGGUAUUCAGAAUAAAACGUACGCGACAGCCCAACCUUACCCUGUGGACACUGGAAAAACCUAUUUCGCCGAGUUUCCGUGGAUGGUAGCUCUGUUAACAAUAGAAUCAGAUGGUAAAUAUCUAUUCCAAUGCGGAGGAUCUAUGAUUACCAAGAGCGCUGUCCUUACGGCUGCGCAUUGUGUUACCAAUUUAGGAAAUGGUAGACCAAUAGCGCGUUUUGGUCAAUGGGAUCUGGAAAAUCAAGCUGGCGACCAACCGUUACCCUUUCAAGACGCAAACAUAAAAGCCAUAAUAACCCACCCCCAAUUCUAUAGUGCUGCUCUAUACAACGACAUAGCAGUGGUCAUUUUAAAUGGACCGGUGAAAUUGAAUGUCAACGUCGCCCCUAUUUGUAUGCCGCAGCAGGGAUUAACAUUUCCCGCUGGUACUAGGUGUAUCGGCACAGGUUGGGGAAAGAACUCGUUCGGUGGAACGUAUCAAACUGAGUUAAGGAAAGUAGAACUUCCUCUGGUGGACAGAACUGAUUGUCAAAAUCGUCUUCGAACGACGAGAUUAGGAACGUAUUUUCAGCUACAUAGCUCCUUUGUUUGUGCCGGAGGAGAAGCAAAUAGGGAUACGUGUCGUGGAGACGGCGGUGGACCUCUUGUGUGUCCUACAGCCACGGGACAAUACUUUCAGGCUGGUAUAGUGUCUUGGGGAAUCGGUUGCGGAUCAUCAAAUAUUCCCGCCGUUUACACGAAUGUAGCGCAAUACUCGCAAUGGAUCGGUCAACAAUUGGCAACUUACGGGGCGUGAUAGAAAAUAAAUAUAGUUUAUAAAUUUUUUAUCUAGUCUUUUUAAUUUAUGAUGCAUAUUUUUGUGUCAUUUACUGUAUAAAAUUGUGUACCAUAAAAAAAUACACAGCGCAAGAAAAUAUUCGUCUUUGUAAAUGUAACGAAUGUGAUAAUUUAGCGGUUUGAUAAAAUUAUUUUUGUCAUGCCGGCACUUAUUUCUAUUUUCUUUCUUCCCUUAUUAUAUCAAUUUUCCUCGUAGCCAUAUUUUAUGUUCGACAGCAACAAUGAGCUACAUAAAUCAACUAGAAUUACUGAACUCGAAAAUACCGAGAACAAUAGUCAAUGCCCAUGGUAUGUCAGAAACGAGGAUAUACGCAAAGAUUUAAAAAUACCAAUUGUCGAAGAAGAAAUUGGCAGGUAAGCAGAAAAAUACAAAGGAAGAACGGCAACUUAUCCAAACCAGCUGGCUGCUGAAGCGAGCAAAACUCUCAUAGAAAGAAGACUAAAAGGAAAACACUCGACUGACCUCACUAAAGAAAUAAGAUAGUCAAACUUGAAAAUCCUGCUGGGUAUCCUGUCUGGUAUCCUGCUGGGGAUAGCCAUCCACAUGUUAUUUAGCAAUUAAGUUAGAAAAAUUUAGCAAAUGUCCGGUUGGACAAAUUGUAAAGUACAAAUUAAAUAAUAAAAAAGAAAAAAAAAAUUUCAUGUUCGAAUAAACGCAACGUGUACCGACUUUUGUUCGAAGCAAUAACAAACAUAACCUAUAAAACUACAAAUGUUUCCUCUAAAUAUUCCAUGAAACUAAACUAUGUCAUUCGGUUAGAAAAAUAUUGAUUACAGUUUUGAGUCACUAGGAGGUGAACAAUGCACACUAUUAUGAUAUUUUCUCAGAUAAUAAUAAUAUUCUCCCAUCAAUUAUCUACGAUAUGCAUCGCUAAAUAUUAUAACGUGAAUGUUAUAUCAAUUAUUGUAAAAUCUCACGAGUUGAUAAGAACGAUUAACGGGACAUUGUUGCGACCUAUU